CCAUGGUCACAACCCUUCAAACAAUAGAACGUAACCCCAGUGCCUACCGGAUAGGUGCAAAGAUCGAAUGGAGAAAUGGUUUUCAGGAAGUAAAUUGUGGUUAUUUGGAAACCAGUUGCAACUAUUACCAAAAAGAACGAGGACCCCAUCGAAAACUAUGGAACGAUACGAGAAAUUAGCCAAAUUGGGCGAAGGAAGUUACGGGAUUGUUUAUAAAUGUAGAAAUAGGGAUACCGGUGAAAUCGUCGCUAUUAAAAAGUUUGCAGAAAGCGAAGAUGAUCCGUUAAUUAGAAAAAUCGCUCUACGUGAAGUCAGAUUAUUAAAAAAUUUAAAACAUCCUAAUUUGGUGAAUCUUCUUGAAGUUUUUCGAAGAAAACGCCGUUUGCAUUUAGUUUUUGAAUUUUGUGAACGAACAGUAUUGAAUGAAUUAGAAAGAUAUCCAAGAGGUUGUCCUGAAAUAGUAACCAAGCAAAUAAUUUGGCAAACAUUACAAGCAGUAUCAUAUUGUCAUCAACAUGGUUGCAUUCACAGAGAUAUCAAACCAGAAAAUAUUCUUUUAACUGCAUCGGGUGUUGUAAAAUUGUGUGAUUUUGGUUUUGCACGCAUGUUAAGUCCUGGUGAAAAUUAUACAGAUUAUGUUGCUACAAGAUGGUAUAGAUCGCCGGAACUGUUAGUUGGUGAUACUCAAUAUGGGACACCUGUAGAUGUUUGGGCAAUUGGUUGUGUUUUAGCUGAGUUAAUAAGAGGAGAAGCUCUAUGGCCUGGGAAAUCAGAUGUUGAUCAAUUGUAUUUGAUAAGAUCUUCAGUUGGGGAUUUAUUACCAAGACAUAUGCAGGCCUUUAAAACAAACGAUUUUUUUCAAGGUGUUACUCUUCCUGUACCACAACAGCUGCAACCGCUUGAAUUAAAAUUACCAAUGUGUAAUGAGGAAUGUUUAGAUUUUCUUAAGAAAUGUGUAGAUAAAGACCCAUCAAAAAGGUGGACUUGCGAACAAUUACUUUCACAUACAUAUUUCAAAAAUUUCAAUUUUAAAAAUGAAGAUGCCGAUUCUCAAGUUAACGAUCGUAAUCGUGAUCGUUCCCGUUUUCUUUUUCAGAACUCCAACAAAAGCAUGACAUUACCCAUGCUAAACCUUACAAAACCAAUAAGCCCUCAUAAACCUUUAGUUCUACAACAACAAAAAAGCAAUAAUAAAGUUGAUCACCUUCCGAAUAUUUGACAAAAAUUGUCAUUUUUUACAAAAUAAAUGUGAGGAAAAAUCUAUUAAAUUAUUAAAAUGUUGUGGAAUUGGGGUGUUGGGAAAUCGCACUUAUAAUUAUAAUUAAAAUUAAAAAAAGAAACAUGUUGUUUUGCGCACUAAUAUAGUUAUCAAGUUAUUUUCGAAACUCUAUCUGUUAAAAGAAAAGAAAAAAAUAAAUAUUUUCUUUAAAAACAAUUUUAUUAAAAAAAAAACCCAACCCAUUCAUUUAUAUCCCCAAAAAAAACCUCCUUAUUCAUUCUAUUUAAUGAAUAUGAUAUUUCAAAAUGGAACGUCCUCGUCCAAAUUACUUUUGGGUUUUCCACUUUACGUUCGAACGUAUCGGACGUUUCAUAACGAAAUACA